UCUUUGUGCUCACGGCUUACAGGUCUUUGAAGCUCCCCUCCAAGCAAGCUUGGGUUCUUGAGAGGAUGAGUUCUUCCAGAGCUGGACUUUUGCUACUGUGUGUCUGGUUCGUGGUCGUAGCAUGCGUUUCCAGGAAUGAAGCGUUCGUGGGCUACUCAGAGGUUUCUUUAGCUACUGCUGGUACUGGUGCCAGCAACCAGAAUUUUCGAGAAAACGUUUCUCUCUUUGAGCGGCCAGAGUGCUUGCUUUUCUCCACCGAAUUUGGGGAGAUCGAGGUCGAGCUUGCAACCACAGCUGCUCCUGAGACAGUAUCUUUCAUCAAGGAUCUGGUUGCCAAAGGCACAUACAAUGGUUGUAGUUUUUAUCGAGCUGAACCACCUGGUGAUACAUAUGAUCAAGGUAGCAUAGUUCCUCGGAAAGGGUAUGCGCUUGUACAAGGUGGUUUAUUCUCGUGCGGAAAGCAGCAGGACGUCGACCUGCCUGUUGAGUCCAGAUGGAAGCACACCAAAGGAACAUUGUCGUUGAUCACGCGCACAAGCGAGUUUUUCUUCAGUCUCGAAGACCACCCGGAGUGGGAUGGCAGCUUUUCCGUAUGGGGAAAGGUAGCUAGUGCCUCGGGCUUCUCCGCGUUGGAGCGAAUCGCGGCCCUUCCCACGCAUCAAGAAGUCCACCCGAGCGGAACUGUUAUGAGAAUACUCUCGAAAGAAGUGACAUUUUCCCUGGCUCUCAAACCGAGCCGAGACAACUAGACAAGACGAUCUCAUAC